AUGAUUCGGCAGUUAGGACCUGCAUCAUUAUUUUGUAGUUUUUCGUCUGCUGAAACAAAAUGGAAUCAUUUACUAAGAAUCGUUGGUAAGGUUGUUGAUUACAAAGACUAUAGUGAUGAACAAUUAGAUAAUUUAAACUGGGAUGAAAAGUGUAGACUAAUUCAAAGUGACCCAGUAACUUGUGCAAGGCAUUUUGAUUACCAAUUUAAUACUUUCUUGAAAGAUAUUUUAAUGAGUGAAAUUGCCCCAUUAGGGAAACUGAAAGAUUGGUUUUACAAGGUUGAAUACCAACAGAGAGGCUCGCCUCACAUCCAUAUACUCAUAUGGCUUGCAAUGAAAAUGCACCUGUAUUUGGUGUUGAUAAAGAUGAAAAUGUAGUGAAUUUCAUUGAUCAAAUAAUAACUUGUAGAAAGCCUGAUAAUGACACUGAAUUAUUUGAUCUUGUAAACAGACAAACUCAUAGACAUUCUCACACAUGCCGAAAAAACUAAAAACAAGUUUGUAGAUUUAAUUAUCCUCAGCCAUCCAUGAGAUCAACACAGAUACUUUAUCUGAUUGAUGACAAUGCUUCUGAAACUGUCAUAAGAGCCAGAAAAUAUUAAGAAUAAACUAAAUGACUUAAAAGAGGGAGAAGACGUAACAUUUGAUCACCUUCUAAAAGAACUAGAUGUUUUAGAAUAUCAAUACAUUCUUGCAAUUCGAUCAUCACUAAAUUGUCCAACAAUAUUUCAAAAAGAAGUCCCAAUAAAUUAAGGAUUAAUAAUUAUAAUCCUGCUUGCCUCCAAGCAUGGAGAGCUAACAUGGACAUUCAAUUUGUACUGGAUGUAUAUGCCUGUGUAAUGUACAUUGUUUCGUAUAUUUCUAAGGCUCAAAAAGGAAUGAGUGACUUGUUACGUAACGCAUGUGCUGAAGCUAAGGAAAGUAAUUCCACCAUCAAACAACAGGUUCGUGACAUUGGCAACAAGUUUUUAAACUCUGUUGAAAUAAGUACACAAGAAGCAGUGUACCUCAUUCUGCAACUUCCCAUGAGAAAAUCUUCUCGAAAUGUUGUAUUCAUUAACACAUCUCCUCCAAGUGAUCGUGUUGAACUGUUGAAACCUCUCAGUGAGAUUGAGAAGAUGUCAGACGAGUCUGAAGAAAUUCACUCUGAUGGACUUCUGAAACGAUAUGUAGAACGACCAGACAGUUUGAAAUAUAUUACAUUAGCUGACUGGGCAGCUUGGUACGACUCAUCUGGGCUGAAUAAGUAUAAUACUAGAAGUUACUAUCGCAAGAAAAAUGCUGCCUCACCCCCAAGGGAUCAAAGGCAGCAUGCACAAUUCGCUGAAUAAGGGGCUGUUUAUAUGAUCCCGCUUUGCCAGGACGAGAUAUGAGGCCAGCUGAUUUUGAUCAGGGAUGCCGGAAGUUGCUGAGGGCAAGGGGUGCAAUUGGUUAACAAGAGGGCAUACUCUUUAAUAAAAGGCACCAAUGAAAAUGAAAGGGCGUCAUGAUCCUACAAUCGUGUCAACCUCCCUCCCCGUCACCAAUUGUUUUCGGACCGAAUACAAUUAUUUAGGCACAAUUCCUCCGUAAUUUCUCGCCAAAAAUUCCAUAAGUUAUGCUUUCCGUUUCACCUUUCGCCAAAUGGAUAGCAAUUUUGCCGAAUUCCUGACGACUGGGGGGUGGAACACCCCCACACACAUCCUCGAACGACAUUUAAUUCUGUCUGUUGUAAAAGUUUUGAGCACCCGUUACACCCAUAGUCUGCACCCGCACUGCACCCACAAAGUUGAAAAUGCAAAAGGCAAGGGGUGCACUUGCACCCGCUGCACCCGUGGUUCCGGCAUCCCUGAUUUUGAUGUACUUAAAUACGUCACAGUGCAUGAUUCAGCAAAAAAACUACACUAUUUUCUAGAGAUGGACUAUAGUUAACUGUAAACGAAAGGUUGCCUGUUCAAGCAUAAUAUAAUCUUCUUGAACCACAAGAUCUUCUCUAUAACAUUUGAGUUCUGCUAACCAGCAUUUGAACUUUCAUUUAGCCUAGUGACUGAUAUUUCAAUACAUCAAAAUCAUUGUUCCUUCCAUCAUGCAAACAGCCCCUAAGACGCCUGUUCAGGAGGUAGGAAAAGGGCAAUUUGAAUAUCAAACAUCUUGCACAAAGUCGAAGGGUGGGCAUGGGUGGCUAAAAGUAUACUAAAACUGUCUGUACCAGUGUAGGUAGUACCAAUGUGAAAAUGCUGUGCUGAGUGGUUAUAUUACUACCUUAAAAAAUAAGCAGAAACUCGACGUUUCGAGCGAAGGCACUUCGUCAAGAGUUAGUAGCCCAAAAGUAGUCUAAUUCUACUUUCUUGGCAUUUGCGGUUUUAUAUGAUUAUCUUCAAUGCUUAUAACUUCUUGCUUUUGUAUAAUUAUAAUACUGUCAGUGGUGAAGUUAGCCAUAGCAACAGGUCACGCUAUGCAAGUUUUUAAUGAUUUGCAUUAUUCAAAAUUAUAGAUGCAGGUUUAUCAGCAUAGCAUGGCCAGUAAUUGCCAUGGCUAGCUUGCCACUGAAUAUUGUACAAUGUUUAUAUGAAAAUGCUAAGUCAGGUUUUGUUCCAAUUAUUGUUUUAAUGCCACCUUCAAGGCUGCCCAUAUUACAGAACAACCGAACAAUAUGCUAAUGGGGAGACAAGAUCUAUUUGUUGACAUUUCUAAUUGUGAGCAUUAUCGAAAAAUAUAAAUACACUCUGAAAUGUAGUGACACAGCCAGAUGAAUAUAUGAAUGUAGGCCGGUAGGAUUAUUUCAUAUUAUGCUAACAAUGGACAUAAUCUCAGAGGCCUCAAAGAUAUAUAUUGUAUAUAUAAACAGGCAGUCAUAUCUUGUAUAAAUACAAAAGUCAGUUGUCAUACUAUUACAUGUAAUUGCUGGUAAGUGAAUAUUUAAAGUGCAGACAACAAUCCACACUGGAUUGCUCUAGGAAUCUUAUUACAGUAAGCCUGAUUUAACAACAUUCCGCGUUUGUUGUUAAACUAUAAACAUCUAGAAGUGAACACAAUACUCAUCGUCUUGGCACAUAUAAUGAUAUAAACAAACAAAUAAACUGAGUGCAUUUUGACUCCUUGUAUAAAUAUAUUAAAGGCAUUAUUGACGAAUAGAUCAGGCGGGCUAUUAUUAAAACUGCCAGUACAUUCAUGAAUUAUAGUACUUCAGAACUCCUUAUAAGUACAUUUUGUCUCCUUGAAUAUGACAUAAAAUUAUCAAAUGUUCUACAAACGAGUGAAACGACCAUGCGGACAAUGCGAAUGGGAAUUAUUUCGGGCUGUAAGAAGCGCCGUAAACUCAUAAAAGCACAUUGCUUGCCUCCAGAAUGAACGCUAAACAGUUUAUCGCCUUGAUGGAUAUUUAUAGCACAAAGAAAUAAAGCCAUACUUACCUGGUUUCUUCGGGAAAUGUUCGUAUAUUUUGCAGAUCCAGAAUAAAGAGUUUGCAUAUAUGAUAUUAUGUGCACGCAAUUUAAUAUUUUUCUCGCACUCCCCCCGUCCGUUCCCCCCCGGAAUUACGACAUCUUAACGGACAGACACAAAUCGAAAUCUCGACAAUACAUAGAUCGGCGCGAAAGACUGGGUCGAGUGAACUCUGGAGAAACCUUCAUGCCAAGAUUAGGAGUGCUGCCUUCGGCAGCAAAUACCAUAGUUGCCUCGAAAUCCUUUGCCUCGCGAGGUACGAUUAAUCACUAAUUUACCUCAUUGCUAAAACAUGGAGUAAAAUUAGAACUAAUUUUACCACGGGCAAAAUGCAAAAAACCCUGCAUGCUUGAUGAGGGAAAUUUAGAAGACAAAAGCGUACCACCUCAUUACCUCUGAUUGGAGAGCUGUACCUCAUCGAAAAUCAUCGGCACAACUAUGGACAGUAUCUGACGACACCGUCCCGUACACAUUCGAACAAUCACUUUGCCAGCUUUUAUUCCCUAAUCUUGAACAUUACAAUAGUGGGAGCAAAUUCCGUUUAUGCGCAUAACUAAAACGCCAAUGGACACGGAGAUGUGUUUCUGCGCAUAUGAAAAGUGUUCGUACCACAAUCAUAAGACAAUCAAACAGCAUUCAAAACAGGCAACACACCACGCGCUGAUUCCCUCGGCAACUAUGGUAUUACAACGUAAUAGCAUGGCAUUACACAGGGGGCUGAGGAACUGACCUUGUUAUUUAAAAAAUAAAUUUUUUGCAGCAAAAAAAGGCAAAAAUAUCAUUAAAUAACUACUAUAUUAUAUUGGUUGAAGUUAAAUGAAGUAAUAUAACUUGCACGUGGACCUCACGCCAAAUUACUGCGGGCGCGCACGCUUACGCUAGAUUGUUUACAAGCUAUAUAUAAUGAAAGGGACGAAACUUCCAAAUUUAGAAUUCGGACAUCAUUUUCGAAACAUCAUAAUUCGCUUAAAAUUCUACAGAAACACACCAAAAAAAAAGAAAAUAAUAUUUAACGAAAGAAAUCUGGGAAAAUAGUAGUUAAACCUACGAAAAUAACGAAUAAAAUGCUGGUAUAUAUUUCGCUAUUUUCGUAUGAUGUGCACCGCAACAACUAGUGACGGAAGUGACGAAAGAGUUGAAUUUUGAAUUGCGCAUAACAGGAAGUGGUUUUACGCGAUUUUACGCAGGCAAAGCGCUUUCCUCGAACGUAUAUUUGACAGCUCAGCUGCGAACUUUGUUUUGGUUUUUGAAUAUAAAUGGUGAUAAUAAAAGGUAAGACUGGUAUUAUAAUAUAUUACAGGUGUUUUCAUGUUCAAAUUGGAGUACCAUAUGAUUUUCCUGUGGUGUUGAUGUUUAAUAUGUACUCAGCCUCAGGUGAUGUUUCUGGGGGCCGGUUGUACGAAGCCCGUUUAGCUUAAUAAUAUCCUAUGCGGAUAAGACCAAAGUAUCGAAGAAGUUUAUUCCAAUUAUUAUCUGCACCCCCCUGUUGAGGAACCCCUUUGUAUUCUUGAAGAAUAUUUUGAAGUGUCACAAAUGACUGAGUACUGUCUGCGUCUGUUCGGUAAUUUAUUCGAAGUCUGCAAGUAUAUAGUAUAUUUCUUUCUUAUUUAAAGUAGCGAAGGUAUGAAAUGUUAUUAUAUAUGAGAAACAUACUAUAUUAAAUUAAUAGUAUAUAUUUAGCUAGUAUAUAUUUAGAAAUACGUUUUUAUACUGGUUUAAAUUAAUAUUAUAGUGUUCAGUUAUUUUCAAACAUCUUACCAAUUUGAAACAAUAACAUGUUUUUCUCUGUUGUACAACUUCGGUUUUUUAUUAAAUUUAUUGUUUAUUUCUAUAUGGGACGCGUGUCGUUUAAGAAGAGAUCUGUCCAUUCUACAAUAUAAAUAUUUAAAUUUCCCUCCACACCUGUUGUUUUUUAAAAAACAGAAUAUAAUUAGCAACGGAAUUUAAGUGGAAUCACUUCCUGUACGUCACUUCCGUCACUAGUUGUUGCGGUGCACAUGCAACGAUGCAAUAUUGGAUGUUUCUUCCCUUUCUCAAUUUUCUUUCGUCCCUCCCUCGGGUGCACAUCGUUUCCCGAAGCAAACUUCGUUUGUGAUUCGGGCAAUGCAAGCCUGCAGUAUAGUGGGUUGCGGUUAUACACGAGUUCCAAAACAAAACUUCGAAUUUGAAAAUAUAUAAACUUAAUAUACAUGUGUGAUGUUUUUAUAUCUUGAAUUAAGUGGAAUUAAUUGAUGGAUGAAUUCAAUUAAUUGCAAAAGAUGAUAUUUAGAUAACAAGGUAAGUCAUUCGAUUGUUUAUUUAAAGUAAAACAAAACACGAUCGUUCCUCUGCCCCCUGUGAGCAUUACGGUCGAUUAGUGAUGAAAUGUCCCUCAAGCCUCGAGAGGUUUAGUAAAAGUCCCUCGGCGCUACGCGCCUCGGGACUUUUAUUAAACCUCUCUCGCCUUUCGGGUACAUUUAAUCACUAAUCGCCCUGAAUGCCAUGCUAUUACUUAUAAGAAAUCUGUUAAAAAUCAGAUAUUGACAACCUUCCUUUGGAAGAUGAAGAUGAAAAUAAUGAUGAUGACCUAGGUGUUCAAAACACUGAAAGUUGUGUUUCCUCUAAAAAGUCUAUCAAAAGAAGAUCACAAGCAAGAAUUAUCCGCAGUGUUUGGUUUAACAAAGAAUCUCAACCAGAAAAACAUUAUCGUGAGUUGAUCAUGCUUUUCACGCCAUGGCGAAAUGAACAGGUGGAUUUAAUGGGAGCUUACUCUUCCUUUGAAGAACAUUACGAAGCUCGUGUGAAAUCAAUGAACAAAUGCAACAAUAUGCGGUUUGUAGUGAAGAUUUAAAUGGAAUUCAACAUCAUUUACAAGAAUGUGAUGAUGAUGCGUAUGACACAAUAGCACCAGUUACACAAGACACUGAACGUCGGGAUGAGAACGAAGGUAAUACAGAUACACAUCCAGAUUUAAAUGAAACAUAUGAUGUCUCUGAAGACUUGGGUAUCCCAUCAAGGUUGCCUAAUAAUGAACCACUCAUUUUAACUGAAAUGGAAGAUGAUGAAUACCGACGUUUGGUCCAAAUGCUAAACAAGAAACAGAGGGAAUUUUGUACCAUGCUUUACAUUUAAUGAAGAUAUCUGAUAAUCCAUUUUAUGCCUUUUUAAGUGGAAGUGGAGGGGUUGGUAAAUCUCAGUUGAUUAAGUCAAUUUAUCAGGCUGCUUUAAAGCACUAUAACAAACGAGCUGGCGAAGACUUUCGUCGCGUUCAAGUAUUAUUGCUUGCUCAAACAGGAAGAGCAGCUUAUCUAAUUAAAGGAAACACAAUCUAUAGUGCCUUAUCAAUUCCAGCGAGCCAAUCGCUUAAAAUUUAUAAACCACUGGACUCUGGUAGGUUGAACACUUUACGGUGUGAGCUGGGUCCACUAAAGUUGAUAUUACUUGAUGAAAUAUCAAUGGUUGGAAACAGUAUGUUUACAGUACAGUUAAAUAACCGUUUAAAAUAUUUAAAAGGAAGCAAAGACGACUUUGGUGGUGUUAGCAUUAUCACAAUCGGUGACUUAUUUCAACUUAAACCUGUCAUUGAUGGCUACAUUUUCAAUGAUCUCCAGUCUUUAAACUAUUAUAGUGUUCUUGCUCCAAAUUUAUGGAAAAAAUAUUUUAGAAUGUUUGAACUUGAUGACAUCAUGCAACAAAGAGAAAGUAAGAUGUUUGCUGGAAUCUUAAACAGGUUACGAGAAGGUAAACAUACAACUGCUGAUCUUCAAAAGUUGAAGGAAAGAUGCGUUCAGGAAUCGAAUUGUCCUCAAGAAGCUCCACGCUUGUUUAUUCAAAAUGCUUUAGUAGACAAAUAUAAUGAACAAGUAUAUGAAUCAUUUACUGAUAAUAGAUAUACAAUUAAAGCUCAAGAUAGUGUUAUUGGGGCAGCUUCUACUGAACUUAAGGAAAAAAUAAUGAGGCAAAUACCUUAUGUUCCGUUAAGAAAUUCUAAACAGUUAGCUCACAAGUUAAAACUUGCUGUUGGGCAAUGUACGGAAGUUGCAACAAAUGUAUGA